CAAAGCAUGCAACAAUGAUGGCUCGAUGGCUCCAUCGGAUAGUUGAUCCCUGAGUGAACUAUACUCGAAAUUACUCUUAUGCUUAGCCAUGCCGCAAUCAAUGAGACAGACCCAGCGAGUCCCACGAACAUGCAUCCAGUGUGCUCGUAGGAAGAUCAAAUGUUCCAAGAAAAUCCCAUGCGACGAGUGCAUUCGUCGCGGUGAUACUGCGACCUGUAAGCGAGAGGUUGUCAAAGUCCAUGGCAAGGUUACUGUCGCAGUUGAUGAGGAGGCACAAAGUGAUAGCCCCGAUGGUUCAAGCCUAUUACGGGAAAACCUGAGCCUCAAGACUCGGAUCAGGCAGCUGGAAUCUGUUCUCUCCCGGCCUGAAAUGCUGAAACUUGAAACAGACAUCUUCCGGGUCUCCCCUGCUCCAGAAAGGUCAGAGUCGUCAGACAAGAUUCUGAACGAUUUUCAAAGCCUCCCAUUCGGGCUUUUGGUGAGAGCGUCGCAAGUCUCUGGACGUAUCAUACACCCACGAGAUGACCAUCUACUACCCAUUUUACCUGACCGGCACUGGAGUGAGACAAUCGUACAGUUUUCUCUGACUCAUUUUGCAUGGGUUCAUUGCGCUCUAGAACCUUCUGAUUUCAUCAAUGAGCACUGUGAUUUCUGGGAUCGCAUAAUCCAUAGCAGAUCAGAAAGCCCGAGGAACCAUGCCUGGAUAGCUGUGUACCUCAGUGUGCUGGCUGUAGGAAUAUACUUUAUAGCCGAAGAUCAGAGCCGCAGAAUUUGCCUUCUUCAGGAAUCACUCCCUGUCUGUUCUCCUUAUAGAGCAUUGCUGCCCAGCAGGAAACCCACGGACCUAUGCCGCACUUGGUGCGAGGCUGCUUUGAAGGAGCUCAACUAUGCGAGUUACUUGAGCAAACCUAGUAUUUCGACAGUCCAAGCGCUAGCAAUCUUGAAUAUCGUGCACAAAAAUCUUGGCGAGUCAAGCCGCGAAUAUACUUUGCAUGGUCUAGCCGUCAAUGUCGCUCGUUUAAUUGGAAUUGAUCGUCUUGGGGAACACCACGAAAGAUUAACAUGCCCCGUCAAAGAAACAGGGUUAAUUCGGGAACAUCGAAAUGUUCAUCGACGAUUAUGGUGGACACUGGUGAUCUGCGACUGGAUGACUGUAUGGUCACGCCCGAUUUCAAUACACCCUGAUUCUUUUACUACCGUAUUAGAAAUCGAGGACGAUCAGAGAAACUCCCCAAAUAUGGCCGGUGCAGCUAGCCAUGUUACAUCUUCAUUUGAGUAUCACAAAGCGAUGGCUCAACUUGCCGCCACCAUGCAGAACCAUGCCCGAUCCAUCAACGAGUGGACAACGGCAGCUGUGCAAGCCUCCUUUGAGGAGCUUGACUCUAUAGCCGCAUCCUUUCCACCCCACCUUUCCUAUCAUGGACCCGAUGACCCCGUACCCCACAUCGAACCAGGGCUCGAAUGGAUCCACGUCCAGCGCUACCUGAUUUGCAACUGCUUAGACUCCUGGCGUAUAAACCUAUGUGUUGCCUUGAUCCCACAACUACUCAACAACUCAGCCAGUGAUACCGUGCAUCAGAACGGCAUUUUAUGCGCAAAAGCCAUUCUAUCCCGCAGAUACCACGACCCAUGCCCCUAUUUCCACAAGUUCUGGGCAGUAACAUGCUCCACCGUCACGGCUGCUAUCUUCCUCGCCCUGGACCUGAUCUGCUUCCGCCAUCUUCGAUCAUCUACCGAAGUUACAGAAGAGAAAGAGCUCAUCAUGUACAGUAUCACUCUCAUCGAGCUCUCAUCCACAGACACACGACACGACGCCUUGCUCGUCCUACAUCGUCUCAUCAAUCUGCACGAGAUCCUCCGUCCCAGACCAUCAAUCGACCAGCGCGUAUUCGCCAGAAUCAUGAAACUCGUCGCAUCUCCCCGCUUAUGGGCAUCACUUUCUGACGCCGAAGCAACAUUGCGAUUUCUGUUCACGGAUGCGUCUGAGACCAGUAAAUCGUUAUCAGAGAGUGAUGAACAUAUGCACGGCGGGGAUGCUCAUGAUACAGCUUUUGGAGAUAUACCAGACAGUCUAGGUCGAUUUGCAGUGCAAGCGGAGGAUGAACCUCGCUUCGAGGAUCUGUUUUCUUCCGAGCUCAUUGAUAUGUCGCUGCCGUGGCUGGAUCCUGCUACUUUGAUGACGUUUCCGAAUGAGGUGACUUAUUGAGGCUAUUUAGAGGACUUGGUUUAGAUUUCGGGAUUAUGUAUCUCUUGGUAUUGUUUUGUUUAUUUGUACCCUCUAUCCAAAACAUACGGGUAUAGAUAGACUGCAUCAGAGUAUGACGCACCUACCAGAAUAAAUACACUACAAC